AUGUUUGCCCAGCAAAAAGUGACGCUUCCAAAAGGAAGACAUAAAAUAAUCAUUCUAGAUGAAGCUGAUAGUAUGACAGAUGGUGCCCAGCAGGCUCUUCGGCGUACCAUGGAAAUCCAUUCCAAGACUACAAGAUUUGCUCUGGCUUGUAAUGCUUCAGACAAAAUCAUUGAACCAAUUCAGUCUCGGUGUGCUGUUCUGCGCUAUUCUCGACUGACAGAUGCUCAAGUUCUUGCUCGACUUCUUGAAAUUUGUAAAAAGGAAACUGUCAGCUACACAAAUGAUGGCUUGGAGGCUAUCAUCUUCACUGCCCAAGGUGAUAUGCGUCAGGCUUUAAAUAAUCUGCAGUCUACAUUUCAAGGAUUUGGACAUGUUAGCAGUGAAAAUGUUUUCAAGGUAUGUGACGAGCCACACCCAUUACUCAUCAAGGACAUGUUGCAGCACUGUGUAAACGGAAAUAUUGAUCAAGCUUACAAAGUUAUCUCCCAUCUCUGGAAUAUGGGUUAUGCCUCUGAAGAUAUUAUUAAAAUUACCUUCCGUGUCUGUAAAACACAUACUAUGGCCGAGUACCUCAAACUAGAAUUUAUAAAGGAAAUUGGCUACACCCAUAUGCGAAUUGCCCAAGGUGUUACCACGCUCCUUCAGAUGUCAGCUUUGUUGGCACGAUUGUGUAAACUCUCGUCUGAUCCAAACAAAAUUAAAAAAUAA